UGCUGCUGCAACACUUAGAACCAUCUACUCCGUCGCUUGGUCGUACGAGAACUGCAUGUGUAGCGUCUCUUAGGGGGGAUAUGUUUGAGGGUGCGUGAACGCCGCACGAGUGACGGUAGGGGAGCUCGUCGCCUCAGUCAAACCGCCCACUCAUGAAAGCACCGGACAGACCCACGCACACAGACGUCCCGCAAAGCCGCGACGACAGACACUAGAGGAGAGGUCCCUCCACAAGGUGCUAAGUGUUUGGGGAUUAAAGCAAACCAAGUGAAGUGAAGAAAGCCAAAGUGGUUCAUCAGCUGUCGAUUUGAUCUAACCCUAAGUGACCCUGCUGCCACCUAUCUACAUCAUUUCAAGAGGAGGAGGGGAUCCCUCUGGGUGUGAGAAACACCAUGUGCCAAAACUGGAGGGGGCUUUCCUCUGCGUCGUGAGACUGCCAAACCUCUUGUGAACCUUCCUCUUUAGUCUGAGGACCCUCCUAAUCCUCCACGUUGCCCACUUGCAAAGAUGAAGAAGGUGGCGACGUGGUCAGCAGAGGAUGUUUCUGACUGGCUGGGCAGAGAGGGGAUGCCAGAGUACAUAGACGCCCUCCGUCAGACGGAUGGCCCUUCUCUGCUCAAGCUCACCAAGGCAGAUUUCCAGAACCCCCCCCUCUUGCUGGUGUCAUCAGAUGGAGGGCAGCAGAUGAUGGAGCGACUGGAGACGCUGCGGAUAGAGAACCAUAUGGAUUCUCACAAAAACGGUCAUGCGAACGGGCAUGUCAUCGGACUACCUAACGGGACAAGCAAACCCCAGAGGAAUGGCACACUGGGGAGGAAGGACUUCAUGGAGAUGGUCCAAAUCUCUAUCCCUACAAAAGAAGCUUCACGCCCAUCAUUCCCUGCUGAGUGGAGAAAGACAGGCAUUGCUUUUUUCUAUGCAGUGCUGUGCUUUGUUACCACCACCAUCGUCAUUUCAGUGGUCCACGAGAGGGUACCGUCAAAGGAGCACACGCCACCGCUACCUGAUAAGUUCUUUGACCUGUUUGACAGAGUGGAGUGGGCCUUCUCCAUCUGUGAGAUUAACGGCAUGUUGCUGGUGGGACUGUGGCUGAUACAGUGGAUUCUACUAAAGCACAGGGCAAUUAUAGGCAGGCGGUUCUUUUUCAUUGUGGGCACACUUUAUAUGUACCGAUGUAUUACAAUGUACAUCACCACUCUGCCUGUUCCAGGGAUGCACUUCAAAUGCUCUCCAAAGCUUCUUGGGAACUGGGAGCUACAGAUGAGGAGAGUAAUGAAGAUGAUCGCUGGUGGGGGCCUGUCCAUCACUGGUUCUCACACCAUGUGUGGAGAUUAUCUGUACAGUGGUCACACCGUCAUGCUAACGCUAACAUACCUCUUCAUCAAGGAAUUUUCACAGACACCAGAAUUUCUCAAUCCCUCGUGUGACUCAGUAACCACAGAUUCUCCCAAGCGGUUCUGGUUUUACCACUGGUUUUGCUGGAUCUUAAGCGCUGUGGGGAUUUUCUGCAUCCUCCUGGCCCAUGACCACUACACUGUGGAUGUGGUGGUGGCAUAUUUUAUCACAACACGACUCUUCUGGUGGUACCACACUAUGGCCAAUCAGCAGUCGCUGAAGGAGACGUCGCAGAGCAACGCCUUCUCACGGGUGUGGUGGUAUAGACUGUUUCAGUACUUUGAGGAAAACGUCAACGGGACGCUUCCUUGUAACUUUCAGCUGCCGUUUUCAUGGCGAGGGUUUCAGGGGAGCCGCAGCGUAAAGUACAACAGACUGGACAACCAGUGACAGCUGCACGUCACAGCAGGCGAGGGCUGUGACUUCCAUAAGUGCUGUUUUUACCCAAGGAAGAAGGCGCUGGUUAAUGUAGCGCUUUCCUUUCUAUUCUAGUAACAGACACAUCCAUGUUCAAAUGGGAAAAUGGGUAGCACUGUGACCCACCAAGUAUUGUUUUCCUGGUCGUCUUUUCUUUUAUGGGAGUAUUUGUUAGGACAGCACUAAUUUAUAUUUGUUUUAUGUCAUUCCCACUUUGUGGGCCACAGUUUCUGCCUCUGUAGCAGAUCUACGAACCAUUUCGAUAAACUUGUAAAACCGUUUUUUGGCCAUAAGGACUCAAACCCCUUUUCUUCCUCUCAGCACAAAAACCAUAAAUAUGUUCAUGUUCUUACAAGACUCUUUGUGCAGAUAGUGUCAGUUCAAUCACUUAUUUGAUAACCAAAAUGCCAUAAUGUUGUUUUUCUUCUUUUUUUUUUUAAAUGGCGAAUUACGUUUUGUAAACUGUCCUUGCUAAACUGAGUCAAAGGUGCAAAAAAAAGUUUUUUCUAACUGUGUCAAACUUUAUUUUUCAAAAGUAAAUGAUGUCCAAUAAAAGAUUUUUAGAUUUUUACCUUUUUCAAGAUGGAUAACAGAGAGCAUAAGAAUCUAAUGUGGUAAAACAUUAUUCCAGUGCCUUUAUUAGCUUGAUUGUAACAGUUCAAGUACUAUGUGUCUUGUAUCUCUCUGCCGUUGGUGUGAUAACGCUACGGAGCGAGUUGGUACUUUAGUUAACGGUCUAAUUCCCAUGAAUGUAAAAAGAAACAACGCCAGCCUUACCAGAAGAUUGGUCUUCCCAAAAAGAAGUGCAGUGAGUGAAACGUCCCGUUAUUUAUUGAGGCUUUAUGAUGUCAGUUUGUGCUUAGUUGGAUAAUGCUGUUCUAACAGGAAAAAAAACGACUGUUAAUUAUUAUUUUUUAAAUGUCCGUUACAUUUCAUUUUAACCAACACCAGCCAUGAGUCUGCUAGUUUUUUUUCCCCUCCACAAUAUUAUCUGCUAAGCAUUACUGCCUAAUAAAAAAUAAUGUGAGAAAUGUCUGCGCGGUGCAAGUUAUUCUGGACCUGGACAUGUCUUGCGCACCAUUGCUGCUCUGGAGAUAAUGAACCCCCAUCUUUUUCCCCCACGUUGAACCUUAAUUUAAAUCUGAAUUAUCCUCAUUACUGUCUUCUCCGCUGAGACGUGGAGGAAAAUGUUCAACGUGACACCGGCGCUGAGCUUAGGGAAUAUCACAGUUGUGAAAACAGAAGCUUCAGACAAAGUUUCUGAGCAUGACUGCAAUGAAUCUGUCAGUGCUUUGUUUAGUUAGUGUUGCACUAAAAAGAGUUCCUACCUUUCAGUCUGGUGUGCGAACUGAAAGCAAAUGUUCAACGUGGACAUUAUUAUAUGUGGGGAACAAAGUCAAGCACGGAGCAGGUGAUUUAUUUGGUCAUGUGUGCAAACAUCGAUUUCCAUGAAUGUGAAAAUGCGUCUUUUUCCUAAUCAUUUACUGUACAUGUUUUUUUGCUUUUCUUUCUGUAUCAAUGAAUGCACUGUAAAGAAUAAGUAUUAUACAAGUUCAUCUAUAGGGAAAACAUUUAACUCAUUAUAAAAAUGAAAAAACUUGUUCAUUCAGCUUUAGAUGAGACAAACUCCAAAUCCAUAACAAUCAUGAUUUAUUUCUUUAAACACUGUCAAAGGGAGGAGGUGAGACAGUAUCAUCGAUUUUAAUGUGAUUUAAAUUUACACACUCGCUCCUGUGGCAUUGUUUAGUUAUUUCACUUGUACAGAGAAUGGUUUUUAAGAGCACAGCUCACUUAGGGCCAUAUUUCGGUUUCGGAUAAUAUUUGAAGUCAUGUUGAAAAAUAAUAUUCGAUGAGAAUGGAGUUGAUGUUUGUCUUCUAGUUUGCCAUUCAUGUUGAUAUGUUUUUUUUUUUAUGUCUCUAAGAAAUUAAAGUUGUUUAUUAUGUAUGUUUCUUUGUAAAUGUCUUACCCACUUUGUCCCUUUUUUGUGCAUAACAGAUGUUUGUAAGAUAUGAUGGAAGACUCCUUGGGACGCUUUUGAAUAAACCAUUUUACUAUCAUGUA